AUGAUGCUAGACAUGGCUAUUACAGUUCUGCGCGUGCGAUAUAAAGAUGUAGCUGGUUUUGAAACCGCUGCCUUAUCAAAAGUUGCUGGAUAUGAUCAGUUUGCAGAUUAUCUUGUCUUCGAAGAAAGUUUCAUUAAUUGGGACAAAACAUUGGAAAGUAUCGACGAAGCAGUUGGGUUUGACCUGACACAGAAACUGGCAAACGAGUACAAAGCCAGCAUCAUCAAUUUUGCUCAAAAUAUUGAGAGUCGACUUGAGGCUGAAGAGUUCAAAACAUCUGACAUUAUGCAUCUCAACGUUGCGAGAGCUAUGAGUACCACAAUCACGCAGCUUAAAGAAUUUGCGGAUUCAGACUCGGACUCCUUCUCGCGAUCAACUUGUUCAUCUGAUGAUAACGUUGAAUUCGGAUACUCAGACUCAGACUGA